UUCCGCGACACCACUAAUGCUAAAUUCGAGCUACACGUGAUCGUUCGAUCAAGAAAGGCGUGCAGUGGAGUUUGACCGGAUCCGGUUUAAAGUGCACGGACUUGCAAUGUUAUCGAUACUGUACACAAACAUCCGCCUGGUGAAGGUAGUGACCCCACUUCUUCACUGAGACAACGUCAACCGCCUUUCAAUCGGUCUUGGUGAUUCGGCAUUCGAUUUGGAAAGAGUCUUCCCGGAUCUGCUCAUCAUGUCACGCGAUUCAUCAGCAACAUACCUCCACAUGCAUGCUUCUCGUCACGCAGAUCUUUUCGAGUCUUUCACAAACUCAACAUCAUCUAAACUUGAAUUCGAGAAUGUUGACAUACCACCGCACCUGCAGCCCCUCAACCCUGAAGACGAGGAUGACGUUGUGCCAGACCAACACGCAGCAUUUGGCAUUCAGCGCGCGACACAAGCGAAGAAGGAGCCUACGUGGCGCGACCUCGGUCUCGAAGAGCUGCUGAGACGCGGUCCGAUAGCUGCUGAAGUGCAGGGCGCUGGCGGGCGCGCGCCUGGUCGAGGUGCAGCGGGAAGAAAGGAAGAGGAGCCAGUGAUUACAGCCUUGAGGAGACAACCUGGACCGCAAGCAGGACUCGUGAGACCGAUCGGUUCUGGCAGCGAUGCGCAAAGCGGUGGAAGUGCUGCGGGUAAUGGGUUGUCUAGGUGAAGAGGUAUACGAUCGCGAAGAU